AUGUUCUAUGCAACUCUGGUCUGCUCUGUGGCCGCUGCCCUUCUAUUCCUCAGCCCGACGUGUGCCACCAUCGUGACGAAUGACACUUCCGUAGCGACAAAUCAGACGUUCGACUACGUGAUAGUCGGAGCCGGGCUGGCUGGUAUCACUGUGGGAAACAAGCUCAGUGGUGCCGGAAACUCGGUGCUCAUCAUCGAGGCCGGACCGGAUCCGAGAUGGAACCCCGCCGUCUAUAAUGCCGAAGAAAGGGGUAACUUGGAUGGGUAUUGCAAUUGGCAGUACCCCGCCUACGACGACGAGGGCAACACGCUUGACUGGACCAUCGACAGUGGCAUGUGUAUUGGAGGUGGUACUUCGAUCAACGGUCUGAUGUGGUAUAGACCGACAGAGGCAGAGCUGAACAAGUUGGAGACACUGGGAAACCCAGGGUGGAAUUGGGAGAGCCUCGAACCCUAUAUGAUCGCCGCCGAACGCAACCAUCCGCCCGAUGAUAUCCAGAUCGCGCAGGGUGCUGGCUAUGAUCCUUCUCGACACGGGUACAGUGGUGCUAUCAACGUCUCGUUUCCCACGCCGAUGCGCAUUCCUACAGUCCAGUCGCGCUUCAAAGCCGCCCUGCCUCGGAUCUUCCCUGGCCUAACCAUCGGCAACGACCUGUCCAACCGUAGCCCCACAGUCUCAGCCUCAAGCUCCUGGACGAUUUGGUACGACCCGGCCUCCGGAAAGAACCGGCGUUCUUCGGCCGCAGACGGACUGCUGUGGGCCGAAGACCAGUGGAGGGAGAGACUUACAGUACUCACCAACCACAGGGUAGACAGGGUCAUAUUCGACAAGAAACUGGCAGCAACCGGUGUGGCCUUCUCAGCCGGUCCGGAACGCCCACCCAGCGUCGUGCAUGCCAUCAAAGAGGUCAUCCUUGCUGCGGGUGCUCUGCAGAGUGCGCCAGUACUAGAGAGAUCCGGCAUAGGUAGCAAGGCAGUGCUCGAGAGAGCCGGCAUCCAGCAGCUCGUGGACUUGCCAGGGGUCGGCGCAAACCUGAAUGACCAGCCCGGAACGGGAACUUCUGCCUUGGUGAGGGAGGCAUACUGGAAUAAUACCGGUAUCAUCGAUGACCGGAUUCUCUUCGCGCCCGAGAUUUCCCUCGUGGGUCUCGACGAGGUCUGGGGAGCCGAUGCCACGUCUUACACGUCGGCCCUCACCUCGAUAGAAGGACUUGAAUCAAGGGCGCAGGCGCUUGUCAGUGUCGGUGCCGCCGCGAACAUUGAGGGCGCCAAACACAUCCUCAAUACCACUAUUGACCUGAUCGUCAACUCUGACCAGCCCGUUGCUGAGUUCAUCGGGGAGUCCUACCCCACGAUCCUCUUCGCUGCCUUCUGGCCCUCCAUGCCCCUAUCUAGGGGGCACGUGCACAUCAACGACUCCUACCCCUUCUCGACGCCUGUCAUAACACCACGGCUCUUGACAGACUCCUUUGAUCAAGAGAUCGCCGUGGCUAUUGCAAGGCGGUCGAGGGCGCUGUUCGCGAGCGACGUGUUCGAAUACGUGGUGGAGAAUGCCUACUACGACCCCCCAAUCGGGCCCAACGGUACAGAUGCCGAGUACCUCGAGUGGUAUAAGUCGACAGCAUACGGUGCCAGUCACUGGAUUGGAAGCACGGCUAUGAUGCCUAGAGACCUAGGCGGGGUCGUCGACUCCAAUUUGAAGUGA